CCAAAACAUCCACAGCCGUCACCACGUUAGUAGCAAUAUGGCAGCUCCCGCGAGCGGUGUGGGUAAACCCGCAGUUGAACGUCCGCCGUUCAAUACUACGAGUUUUCAGAAGAAAACAAGGAGCAAGUUAAUCUCCAUACCUGGCACCAGACCUUCGGUUCAAAAUGGACAGCUCUUAGUUUCGUCCGGUGUCACGUCACUGGACUAUCUGCUCGGUGGCGGGUUAGCAGUGGGAACUGUGCUUCUCAUAGAGGAGGACCGAUAUGAUAGCUACUCCCGCAUGAUCUUAAAGUACUUCCUGGCAGAAGGAGUGGUUUGUCGACAUGAACUUUUUGUGGCGGCAGCCCAAGACAACCCUGAUGACAUCUUGCAGGAACUCCCAGCUCCCAUCUUGGAUGACGUUGCCAUUCACAAGCCCGUGGAGCAUCCCAGGCUACCUUGUGAAUCUCAAGACAGUUUGGAGGCCAUGAAGAUCGCUUGGCGCUACCAGAAUCUCCCUAAAGUACAGAGUGCUCUGGCAUCCUCAUCCCGGUUCGGGCACUACUAUGACGUUUCCAAGACGAUGGAGCCAGAAAUUCGCCAGGCGGCCAAGUGCCACCGCUUCUACCUUCCAGAGCAUCCCACCCAAUCAUCAGCCACACACAGGCCUAUGCUUGAGUCCUACUCUGCGUUGCUGAAGUCACUUCAAGAAACCAUACACAGGGAGGGCUUUGAUCUAUCCGCCCCCAUGUCAAAUUCGCGUAACAUCCUGCGUAUUGGUCUGCACUCUCUUGGCUCAGCCCUGUGGGGUGAUGACCUGAGUUGCCGUGACAACCCCAGACACAGCCACGCCCUGACUACCUUUCUUUAUGGACUGCGUGCCUUGUUGAGGUCAUCGCUGUCCGUUGCAGUAGUUACUGUACCUUCUCAUCUUAUUCAGGACAAGGCUCUAAUGGGCAACAUAACCAGGCUAUGUGACAAUGCCAUCGCCCUGGAAUCAUUCAAAGGCUCGGAGAGAGAGACCAACCCUCUCUACAAAGACUACCAUGGUCUGCUACAUGUACGACAGGUACCUCGCCUGAACUGUUUGUCCAGCCAACUUCCUGACCACAAGGACCUGGCCUUCAAGCUCAAGAGAAAGCAGUUUACUAUUGAGAGACUACAUUUGCCUCCAGACUUGUCUGAGACGGUGAGUCGUGUGAGCAGGGGGGAGCUGGCAGGAGCGGCCAUGGCGACUCCAGCCUGUGGCUCUGGCACUUCCGGCAACAAACACCUGGACUUCUAGAGCUCCCACACAGUCGCCAUGGGCAACCAACACCUGGAAAGCUGCAGCGUUGUCCUCUUUACAGCAGUGACCGGUUUGUUCCCUCACCCACGUAAUGUCAACCACAAUAACCCUGCCAGACAUUACCACCUGCCAACUGACCCAGCCGAGGGUGAAGAUCUAAACAUCACCAGUACCACCUCUUAUAACAGACACAUUUCAUCUUAUAUUUCUAAUUCUUUUUUUAUAAUCAUUCUGCACACUCCUGCUGUUUCUAACUCUGAAUGCUAAUAUUAGCCAAGCCGUCACUGGAAACUCACAAGUUUUUAUGCCAACAGUUUGUUUUUUCCCUGCAAGUUGCAAGAAACAAAAAGUGAACCCUAUGGUGUUUUGAGAUGCUAUAUCCCUGGCAGGGCGACUAAUACAUAACCAAAAUAAAAUCCGGGGUAACAAUGUAUUGAAGGUUUGGUACAUUUUGUUUGUUCCAUUUCUGUCUCUGGCUGCAUUUUGUUUGCAAGUAAAAUAUAAUCAUAAAAGGUUUUCUGUCUUUACAGAGUCCUGGCAACUGUUAAAUAAUUUAACUCAGCUCUGGGCUUACUCUACAAAACAAAAGUCCGCUCCUGGCUUACUUCACCAUUCACAACAAUCUGAAAACACAGUUCACAUCGAAGGUUGAUGAAAUAUGAAUCCUCAAAAUUAAACAAAAGAACUACUUCAGCUUAAUCCAGCGAAUCACCGUCUCCGAGAAAACUGUGAGAAUGUUGCGUCUCUGGUCUGCUUCGCUGGUUUUAGGUUCGAAUGGAGAUGCAUCCAUCUGACCCUGACACUGUGCCGGUGAGUGACGUCUACCUCCAGUAAGCAGAGCGGAGCAGGAAUGUGGGCAGAGGGUAGGAGAGCUGGAUUUGGGUGCAGGCUUCACACCUCAUCAGGCAUGUUUGCUGGAUGAGCUGCUUUGCCAUGACAAGCCCAAAAGAACAAAUUAGGUCAAAUGGUGACAUGGAGAAAUAUAGAGUGGAGAAAAAAAAAAAAAAAAACAACAUGAAAAAUUUAAUGUUUCAUUUUUGUUUUCCUCAGUCUACUGCUAAUGCCAGUUUGAAUGUUGUAGCCCGGAAAAGCUGGCAGUAUUGGUAACACGUGUUGGGAGAGGGUAGUGUUACCUGACAGCUUCAUACGUGAUUGGAGCGCUCGUAUAUCGGGGUUAUGUGGGGGAGAGUGAUGGCGUACACAGGUCUCCUAUAUAGGUGAGCCAAAGCCUGUGUUGUCAAGGUAAAACAUAAAUUAAAUAAAGCAUUUUGACUCAUUGUUGUUGAAGGCUUGACAUAUUCAGGGUACACUUUUAAGGUAGAUUUAAACAGAAUAAAUUCAUCUUGGCUUGUGUUCUUGUUGCCAUACUGCAGUUGUAUCUCGUUUUUACACUUUUUACCCCUGACACUUUUCUGUCACCACGCUCAUUUAACUUUCAUCCUGUCACUUCAGUAUUAGGAUGUUUUUAAAGUUUAAAAAAAGUUUUGUUAAGUACAUUUCAUGAUAGAUGCCCGUUACAGUACUCAAAUUGAAAUAAACAUUUUUUCUUCUUUGUUGGUUCAGGUUUUCCGCAAGUGCUUUUUUUUGUUUGUAGAAGUCAUUAACAGGACCAACACAUAUAAAUUAAUUUAAGCACCGAAUGGUUUGAAUGAUCCCUGCACUACAUACACACAUCGAUGCGACAGGACACUGCAGUUAAAAAUACCCAGAUACUCAGUUUUAAUGUCUUGAUGAGAUUCCUUCUUUGUUUUUGCUUAAAACUCAGCCCAUGUUCAUUCCUAGUUAAGAGUUCAAAGUAGUGAACAACUUGCAUUUUUAUCUGAAUAAAAUCUGCUGCAGCAAUAACACAUUAGAUGAUGCUCAUUUUACAGGCCGUACUCCUUUAAAGCAUCACAUGACGUGCGGCAAAAAAGCAACACGCCGCACCGAGUGCAGAGAAUACGCUUGCAUGAUUGAGUCUUUGACACCUGCCGCUGUGACGGUUUUUGUGCAGUUGCUUUAACUGAGGUUUUCUAUUACUGAAAAGUCAUCACAUCUUGGCACUAAAACAAGACACAUCUUAUUUUACCACGCUAAAUUUUAGAUCUAGCAAAGCAGACCUAUCUUCAAAUGUACUCUGCCAGUCAAAAGACAUCAUCUCAUUCAAUUUAGUGGGAAAGUGUGUCCAAACUUUUGACUGGUAGUGUAUUGCCUUACAGAUUAGAUAAUAAAGGUUGAAACACUUGUCAAAUCUAGUUUACAAAAUGCACAAAGCUGGAAAAUCCUUUGCUUUUGUAGUAAUGAAGGAAAUGAUACUUCACUCCCACAGAGAGCCCAGAAUUUAACUGCUGACUCUAAGUAGGAGGGCGAGAGCUUCUCUUGGCUGCUCUAGGAAUUCAGAUUAAAGUUUCUGCGGGCCAGAAUCACAGCGUCUCAUUAAAAAACAAAUCAAAAAGUACAAAGUUCCCAGGGACUUUCACAGAAACUUGUGCUGCCCGACUUUUUUACCGCGAGUGAGAAUUGCAUUUAAACCAUUUCAUCCCAAAGCUGUGUAUUAUUUAGGCUUCCACUAAUUGCUCGUCUUUCUUGCAUUUUGAAUCUCCCCUUCAUUCUUUCUGCGUAAUUAUUAAUGGCGCUUCUCUGUUUCGGCGCGGUCGUCUAGUCUGCUCUGUCUUCCCCUCGUCGAACAGUAUUCUUCCAUUUGUGUGAUAAACUGGAUUAAAUGAAUAGAGAAAUUGCAUUAGCCCCGGAAAGAAAGAUUUUUUUUUCUUUUAAAUCUUCUCAAAAAUCUGAUUAACUUCCAAUCCUCAAUCUUCUGAUUGGGCUAUUAAAUAUUGAGCGAGAUGUGUAAAUUCAGUUAAUCAAUUUAGCAAGAUGUUUGGUGCUGUUACAUGCUGUGUGAAUGUUACCUGACCUCACUCUCUUUCCCCUUUAGAUGGUCCACACACACACAGACACACACACACACAGACAGAGAGAGACAGACACACACACACACAACCCCUCCCCUGCUGAGGCAGCAAGUGAAGCAAAAUAACUCACUCUGCCACACAAUCGCUCCUCUGCCUCGCUCUAGGCUGUGACUGCUUUAUUCCAUGACUUUUUUCUCUCUUCCCUGCUCCCUCCUCCUCCUCAUUGGUUCUGUAUUUUUUUUUUCAUACCAUCGUAACUCUACUAAAACAAGAGCUAGUGAUGGUGAAUUGCUUGACCUUUCUCAUUGUGCGGCUGUGUUGUGCUGUGUGGUCUGUGUCGACUCGGUUCAGCCCCAUACAUCAAGAGAUGCUUGUUAUUUAGGACACCUUUGUUUGGUGGGAAUUGGAUGUGUUGUUAUGUGCAUUACAAGCUUUUUUCCCCCCUCUUUACCAGCGUUGGUGAGUUGUUAAAAUUUUGCAGCAAUGAUGCAUCCGUCUGUGGGAUUUUUAGUAAAAACAGCAGGGACCAGACCAAAAGGCUUUCUUUAAGACACAAUUUUACUGUACAAAAUGUUUUAUAGUUUUCACAAAAUACAUUUAGAAAGCUCCAUUUUAAAUAAAAUUAAAUUGAAAUAUUUAAGAGACAGCGUGUAGACGUUUUUUUUUUUGUUGUUGUUUUUUUUUUUUUAUCUCAGAAGCAAUGCUCAGACGUAAACCCAGUAUGUGUCGAUGUUCUACGUACACACCGAAAUAAAAAUGCAAAACUCAAAAGAGCAUGACAGAUGAUGCUAGAAAAACCCUCCCAUGGUCUUCAAUUAUAAAUAAGGACUGCGGGGUUCGACUGCAGUCUCACGAACUCGAAGCCAAUGUAAUUGAACAGAACGUGUUUACAAAAUUUUGCAACACAAGACUAGUAUCUUUAAAAAAAAACAAAAAAAAACAAAACAAAAAAAAAAACAUUGUGUACUAGAU